CUCAAGUAGAAAGAGGUGGAGAUUAAAGAUUCCUCUUUCGUAGACGUUCUUGCUGACGCUUUUCACUUGCACUAGCUGACUAGCAACUCCAACUCUAAUCUGUUAUGAGAACAAGGGCCCAUGUCCCUUCGGUAUAUCCGUUGUUUGGUUCCUGACAAAACUGAAACUGAAGUUAAAAAAAAGAACAAAGGUAGUAUCCAAAUACAACUGUGUCUCCUGUCCUGGGUCCUGACUGAGGUCUUGCCGCAAAGCAGUCUGCGAUCAAGCUUGGCCUAUAUAAGUAUUUCUUUGAACAUAUAAUUUCCCCGCCGAUCAAAUCAAUCACAGUAGAAUAUAAUAGAGACAUGGGCUGGAGAGGGAUUCUGGGUUUUGAUUACGGAAUAGUUCAAGGACCAUUGGGACCUGAUAUUGCUGGACCGGAGCUAGUGGCUGCUGUUGCAAACGCUGGUGGCCUUGGCCUUCUUAGAGCUCCUGAUUGGGAAUCACCAGAAUACGUAAAGGAGCUGAUAAGGAAGACUCGAAAGUUAACUGACAAACCCUUUGGGAUUGGUGUCGUUCUGGCGUUUCCACACAAGGAAAAUAUAAAGGCUAUAUUAGAAGAAAAGGUAGCAGUUUUGCAACUUUAUUGGGGAGAAUGCUCAAAGGAGCUUGUACUGCAAGCCCAUAAUGCAGGGGUCAAAGUUGUUCCCCAAGUUGGGAGUUUUGAGGAAGCAAAAAAAGCAAUUAAUGUGGGUGUAGAUGCAAUCAUCAUCCAAGGCCGUGAAGCAGGAGGGCAUGUAAUAGGACAGGAUGCUCUAAUUUCAUUGCUGCCACGAGUGGUUGAUCUUGUUGGUGAUCUUGAUAUCCCUGUAAUUGCUGCUGGGAGCAUUGUAGAUGCUCGUGGUUAUGUUGCUGCUUUGGCUCUUGGUGCUAAAGGCAUUUGCAUGGGCACUAGGUUUCUUGCAACUCAUGAAAGCUAUUCUCACCCCACAUACAAGAGGAAACUGAUUGAGUAUGAUAAAACCGAGUACACAGAUGUCUUUGGCAGAGCGAGGUGGCCUGGUGCACCACACCGUGUACUGCAAACACCUUUCUUCUGUGAUUGGAAAUCCCUUCCUGCUGAAGAAAAUGAAACCAAUCAGCCUAUCAUUGGCCGAUCAAUAAUACAUGGCGUGGAAAAAGAAAUUCGACGAUUUGCUGGUACAGUUCCAAAUCCAACAACCACAGGUGACAUUGAAAGCAUGGUGAUGUACGCAGGCGAAAGUGUAGGCCUCAUCAAGGAAAUUCUUCCUGCUGGAGAAGUGGUGAAGAGGCUGGUUGAAGGGGCUCAACUUCUGAUCCAGCAAAGAUUUAGUGGGGAGUCGGUCUAAAUCGCUUAUGAACUGAAAUUCAACAUAUUUAUGUGAAUUUUAUACCUUGGUUGGUGAAGCUGUUACGUGACUUUAAAAUAUGAAUAACCCGAAGUUUAACUCGGAUUAUGUAAUCACCCUUAAAUGGUGGCAUUCAGUAAGUUUGAAAUUUGAAUCUAAACAACUGCAAACCCUUUUAUUAUCCUUAGGCUGCUACCUCUUUAUGAAAUUCAACAUAUUUAUGUGAA